UAUAAAAAUCCUGUACAUGAAAGGUGGACUAAAUGUCAUUUAUGGGAUAUUUUAUCUGUAUGAAGAUGAUAGAGUGAAGCUCCACCCACAAACUCCCACAACCUUGAAUUCUACGUCACAUAACACAAAACGAACAGUAUCGAGACGGAAGGUUGUCGAGUCCCGAUAAUGGAUUGUCAGCAAAUUUUGACUUUUUGCUUCAUAGCUGCUGUUGUCCCAGUUUAUGUGCUGGCAGGGGAAUGUUGUAAAGCACAUUAUGACCUAACACUGAGCUAUAACAAAGAGAAGUGGUGUGACGACUACUGUUGUUUUCAGUUUGCGAAAUAUGACUGUUGCAGCAAGCUUUUACUGCGAGCUCCAUCAAGCGAGAGAGAAGAUUUUUGUGCUGCAUUCUUCUCUGAUAAUGAAUGGGCGGCAGCGCUAGUUGCUCUCGGGUGUGUGGCCCUUGCUGUAGGUGGCUGUGUGUUUAUCUGUAAGGUGUGUUGCGGCAGCUCUAGAGUAACAGGUACAACGAUCUCGUCAGGAGCAGCCCCGGGGGUUACUGUGGUGAAUUCACAAAAUACAAUGGCCAUGCAACAACAACAACCUACCUAUCCGGCAUACCAGACUCCUAAUUACCCAGCAUAGCAGCAUAGUGCCAAUUCUAUGACCGAUAUAUCGUAGUACAAUUUUCUGUAAUGGACAUAGUACCUGCCUAACUAAUGGUCACAGUGAUUAAAAUAACAUGUGACUACAUGCUUACGCUCAAUGGUUAAACAUCCCACCAAUCAUCCAGUCUAUGCAUUACCAUUUUAUUUCGGAAUUCAGAGGAGAAAUUUCUAAUAGAUAACACGAUUCCUGCAUUAUCUGUUGUAUGCUUUGAUAUAAUUUACAUAGAUGUAGUUCAGAUAUUUUGGAACUUAGAUAUGUAUAAUAAUUGACAAAUUAAAAAUGAUACGAAAGUAAAGGGUACAUAGUUUUCAAAUAAACUUGAUUGAAAAGAAAUAAAA